AUACGGAAUAGGCAUGUCUGUGAGUCAACUUAAGCCCGAGGAGCAGGUGGUCAUUGCAGCCUCCGAGAAUCUAUCAAUGGGUCCUUCCCCACUUGGAGAAAGCCAGUUCAAUUUCGUGGCUGCAAACAACUGUAGUGUGGCUCUCCAGCGGGGAUUCUAUUUCUCCCUUCGGAUGCCCGACUGGGCUAAGGAUUUUAAGAUACAGACCCAGAAAAUACUAUCCCAUGGUUUUGACUGCCCAAGGAGAAGUUUCAAAAGUAGCAACGACUCGGAGAUAUCGAAAUUUUAUGGAGAUUAUCGUCCUGAACGUUAUGGCGAAAUCUUUUCGGAGAGCAGUAAUGCACAAUUCUUUGAAACCAUUCCCCGAGAAAUGCAUGUUUCCAAUCAAACGAAAUCAAAGCGAGCACUGCGAUCACCCAAGAUUAAGGACGACUUAACGUGUGGCAAAAAGGUGCCAUCCUAAACACCCUGGCAUUGGCUGUCUAAAA